UAAAGUUUUUGUUUUCAAUUGUUUUUCAUUAUUUUACAUGCAGGAUUUAUUGUAUACAGUGAAUGGUCGACAUGGUGUAUAUGAUGAGUAGGCACAAAUCUUACCUCACCUGACUAAGACGUGCCGCUACAAAUUAUAAAUCCUUAACGCACCCCUUUGAAAAGAAAUGCCAUAAAGUUUGUAACUUUUGCUUAUUGCUGACUUUCUGGCUUUUGGGUUUUCUCCCUGUGGUCGGUUGAACUAACAGUGGCAGUGUGAUAAUAAUCUCAAUUGUGUUGAAAAACUACUCUUCGCCGUUUUGUUUCACCUCGUUUUCUCCUUUCUUUCUCUUUCUGUUCGGACAAUUUGUUGUGGCAGACAAGGGAGUAGCUUCGUUUUUCUAAGUUGCCAUAUGCUCAUGGCUUCUUUGAGUGAUAUAGGACUCGCCGCAGCAAUUAACAUCCUGAGUGCAUUUACUUUCUUGUUGGCUUUUGCUGUACUUCGAAUUCAGCCUAUAAACGAUAGGGUGUAUUUUCCAAAAUGGUAUUUGAAGGGUUUAAGGAGCAGUCCAUUGCAAGCAGGGUUAUUUGUGAGCAAGUUUGUCAAUUUGGACUUCAAGUCAUAUAUAAGGUUCCUGAGCUGGAUGCCUGCAGCAUUGCAAAUGCCAGAACCUGAACUAAUUGACCAUGCAGGCUUGGACUCUGCUGUUUACUUGAGGAUCUACUUACUUGGGCUGAAAAUAUUUGUACCCAUUGCAUUCCUAGCGUUUUCUGUUAUGGUUCCUGUCAACUGGACGAAUAGCACCUUGGAGCGGUCCAAUUUGACUUAUAGUCAGAUAGAUAAGCUUUCAAUUUCAAAUAUUCCAACCGGAUCAAAUAGAUUCUGGACUCAUUUGGUAAUGGCUUAUGCUUUUACCUUCUGGACAUGCUAUAUCUUGAAAAGGGAGUAUCAAAUAGUUGCAACAAUGAGAUUGCAUUUUCUAGCAUCAGAAAGACGUCGUCCAGACCAAUUCACUGUACUUGUCAGAAAUGUACCACCUGAUCCUGAUGAAUCAGUUAGUGAGCUAGUGGAACAUUUCUUUUUGGUCAACCAUCCAGAUCACUAUCUCACUCAUCAGGUCUGAUCCUUUCUUAUUGCAAUCACAUUCGCCUAAUUUUUUU